AUGGACGUAUCCCUUUCCUACACACUUAUACACGCAUGUACUUCUCCCGUUUUUCCCCUCGCUCCUCACAUCUAUCACUACGUGAUCUCAUCACCCCUUUUUUCCUUUUUUUCUUUAUAUAGGAAUAUAGCCAUACCUCGAGUGGAAAUACGUCGGAGUCUGGCGCGCGCCACGCCAGAUUUCCUGACUUUGGCUAGUUUCUCGUCACGCAGUGACUCAUACCACCUCUGCAUCACGCAAAAGCCUAGGUGUCAUUGGUCGAGUUUAAACAAGGUGUUUACUCAAGUCCAAUGA